CCCAGGUUGCUACAUGCCGGGGGUAGCAGUGGCCAUGCCCUAUAUAAGAGCCCUGAGGAGCUGGCCCAGCCAUUCCAGGGUGGGUAGCUGAGACCGGCGUGCCAUGGAGGCUGAGGAGGCCGCAGUGGUGGCGGCGAAGGCAGCGCUGCGCACACCCAAGUGCUCCCGCUGCCGGAACCAUGGCUUCGUGGUGCCAGUGAAGGGCCAUGCCGGGCACUGCCGCUGGAAGCUCUGCCUGUGCGACAAGUGUGCCCUCAUCACUGAGCGCCAGAAGAUCAUGGCGGCCCAGAAGGCCCUGAGGCAGCAGGUACCUGACCCCCCGGCUGGGCCAGCUGCAGGGCCCAUUCCUCCAGGUGAAGGUGCCGGGGCGGCCAGUGCCCCUGAGCAGAGCAGCCAUGAGGGGAUGAAGGGCGCCCACCCCACCAGCAGCAACAGCAAAGGCAUGGCAUGCAGGGCACCGCUGCCACCACCUCCCAGCGGCCCUCCCUUCUGGGACUACGCUCACCCUGCUUUUCCUCCAGAAUACAUGGUUAAACCAGAAUACCUGGAGAGAGAACCUCCGAAAGUGUACCCUGGAUGUUCUGGGGUAUAUCCUUACCACCCAUUUCCCAUGGGAUUUGCCAUCAGUGAGUCUAGCUGUAGGGGAGCACCAUCACCUCCAGGGAUACCACUUCAGAGAGGUUUCCGACACAUUCCUAGCAACUAUGGGCCAGGGAAUGCAGCUUCUGUGUCAAUUCCAGAUGGAGGUGGAGAUUUACAUCAGGGAUACUACGCUCCUCUGCCUCAGUUCAUCCCACCAAGUUUUCUGCCAGGGAUUCACUACAUUCCACCUCCCCUUUCACUGAACGUGUUGGCUGAAACAACUAAGGAAGCACAUGCUACUGAAGCUGACAGUCAGGAUUCAGGGGCGGUUCAAGAACCUGGCCAAGAAUCUUCUUCCCCAGAAGAAACAAGCAGAGAUGAAGCUGUGUAUUCUAAAGAAUAAAUGGGCUGGAGAAGAGCUGAGGAGCAGGCAGUGCUAUUGAGGGUGUUAGUUAACAUGAAGGUAGAGUGACUCUUAGUCACUGAGCAGUCACAACUGCUAGCAGAAGGGGGUUAGUCCCCUGCCUCACUUCAUGAUCAUGUUAGAGCUAGCUACCAGGCUCACAGCUCUGCCUCCCUACCGCUGUAAAGCCCUUGUUCUUAAAAAAGGUUUUCCAGAGCCAUGGUAAAUCCCUUCCCCCUUAAGCAGGUGGAAGCAGCAAAUGAUGAUGGCUCUGAAUUUGUUUCUUUUGCUGAGGUUCAGUGGCUCCCCGACUUUGGAAUGAGGUCUCCAGACCAUGUACAUUCCAUAGCCUUCUCCUGUUCACGACAGUAGUCAAAAUGUGUUGUUUGUGUAUCAGUUUGCUGUAAAGGAAAGCUGGUUCUGAAUAUUAUGGAAGAGUUAAGUGAUGUGGAGCCUGAAGACAGUCUGGGUUCCUGAUUUACUUGGCUGCCUAGGAACAUGAUUCACUGGAUUCAGCAGGGUGUGGGAACAGUGGGUGCUUGUCAAGAAGGACAUGGGAGGAAUUUGCAGCAAGGUCUGGUGCAGGCUGAAAGCCAGUGCCUCUGCAUUGCUUUUUGGGUGAGCUGCUUUUAAGGCACCUUCUGUUCAGGUUGGGGACAGACUGAUUUUGAACACCUCUUGUCACACAGGCUGCAGGAUUUUCAAUGUACUUGAUGUUUUAUACAGAAUUUCAAUGUUGUUUAACUUGGUAGAGCUGAAACUAAAGAGCUAUUUGUUUUAAAGGGCUCAUGUAGACCGCUUUAUACAUGUGUAUUGGAAGCACACUGUGGCGUAUCAAAGGUGUGGAGAAAUUGCCUAGGAAAGUAGGACAAAACACCAUUUAGAAAAUAGUCAAAUUGAUAUGAUAAUGUUUAAUUAAAAAUGAAAGGU